AUGAAAGCCAAGAGGGGUAUUAGGCAAGGGGAACCUCUCUCCCCUUACCUUUUUUUGGUUGUCAUGGAAUAUCUUCAAAGGUGUAUGUAUCACAUGCAGCUUAAUCCAAACUUUAACCAUCACUCUAAGUGUGAAAAAUUGCAGCUCACUAACCUAAUGUUCACAGAUGACAUUCUGCUUUUUUCCAGAGGUGAUGUUCUUUCACUUGAUUUGAUGCUCAAAGCUUUUUACACUUUCUCUAAGUCUACAGGUGUUCCCUUGACUUGUAAGAAGUUGGCCAUCUGCCAUUAUAUGGUUCUAGUUGACAAAAUUGUUGCAAGGAUUAGACAUUGGUCUGUUAAUUUCUUGAGCUAUGCAGGGAGGCUUCAAUUAAUCAAAAGUAUUUCUUUUGCUAUGGCAAACUACUGGCUCCUCUGUUUCCCCUUGCCUAAAUUUGUGAUAAAGAAGAUUGACUCUAUUUGCAGGUCCUUUUUAUGGACAGGUAAGGACACUCUCAGCAACAAAAGUCUCGUGGCUUGGGUGGAUGUUUGUAACCUUGUUAAACAGGGUGGCUUGGGAGUCAUUAACCUUGCAUUUUGGAACAAAUGCACUAUGCUGAAAUUGUUGUGGAAUAUUUGCAAAAAAGGUGAUAAUCUUUGGGUCAAAUGGAUACAUUCCUAUUACAUAAAGAACCAUGAUAUUAUGAAGGUGAAGCCCAAAAGAAAUAACACUUGGGUAAUGAGGAAAGUUCUAGAAUGUAGGUUGUUUAUUGAGCAUAAUUGGGCGCUUUGGAAUGAUAUUAUGAAGCAGGAAAACUUUCUCAUGCAAUAUGUUUACUUGCAUCAAAUCUCAGACCCUAAAGUCAUUUGGCAUAAACUCAUGCAAUUCAACUUGGCAAGACUCAGAGCUCUCAUGAUUUUUUGGCUGGCUUGUCAUGGCAAGUUAGUAACAAAAAGUAGACUUGUUAGAUUUGACAUCCUGGAUGGCUGCAGUUGGAUAAUGUCUCUAACAGUUGGGACCAGAUUCUUAAUUGGCUUCUUUUGCAUGCUAGAGGAAAAAGUUGGAGGGCCUCGCUUCUUAAACUUUCUGUGA